GGAAAGUGGGGGCGGAAGAAGAUUUGGAUGGAGGCAGCAGGCUUAUCUUCUCCUUUAUUUUAAAAUUGUAUGCGAUCUUGACUAAACCAGAGGGCAAAGUGGGGGCCAUGUCGUAUAAAAGAAGAUAAUAGCGAAUCUAAGCUGUAGCUUUAAAAAAUUCGCGCCACUUACACUUAUCCCUCUAAGUUUAUCCUGUGACAUCACCCAUUGGACCCCAUAAGCCCUUCAUGGUACCUUCCACUCUCUGUAACGCAUCAUACUAUUUAACUAACAAAUUUUCUUUACAUUACCACCAAGUUUUUGCAAGCUCUUUCUCUUUACAGGUCUUCUUCAUUGAACAGAUGGUCAUUGAACUUUAGGGCACCAAGUUGAGGUCUUUCCUUGCACGAUAAGUCAGAUGUGUUGCCAUUUCAGAGACACCCAAUUCAAUUGAAAUGAAGCAAUUGGUAUUUAUCAGUUUGUUUUUGUGAUCGAGGGUUAGGAGGCAGGGGUGAGAUCGUGGGUUUUAACAAUCCUGAAACGUAUGGUGGAUUGCAAGGCCAAGUCGACCUGUGCCUGGAGGUGUAUCACAGAGAAUGGAUGCUUCGUCCCCAAUGAAUCCACCAAACAGCCAUGGGACCAUGGAUGAAUCCUCUGAUUCGGACUCCUCUUUGAUUUCCUUUUCUUCAUGCGCCUCUGAUGACAUUGAUGACUCCUUUUCCUCCACCUCUUCUGAUGGGCCUCUCUAUGAAAUGGAUUCUCUCAGAGCCAACCUUCCUUUCAACUGCAAAUUCCUGUUGGAUUGUUGGCCGACGGGCGAGUCGGUAGUUGAGGUGUUGCCUUUGGUGAGCUACGGAGGGGGCUGUCCAAGUUUUUCGCCGGGAAAUCUCAGUCGUUUACAUCUUUAUCAGAGGUGAAAUGUUUGAAUGAUCUAGUGAAGCCCGAAAAUCCCUACAAAAAGAAGAUGAAGAGUUCCCAUAGUUAUGGUGGUCUCCUCAAUUGCCAGUCUUACCCACCCCAGAACGCAUCCCGAUGCAUUAAAAAGAAGCCUCACAAGGGCAAUUCCACAUCCCCUAAUAAGGGCAGUUUGAUUCCCAAUAACAGGCCCCCUGUUACUCCUCUGAGGAACAGAUAAGAUGAGAAAGCAAUCUUUAGUUGGCUGGUCUAAUAGUAUCUCACUUGUUACAAGAGGAUACUUAACCAAGCUCUUCUUUCAGUAAUUUUCUUAGCCCUUUUCUGUUGAGAGAGAAGGAAAUGCUUCAAGGCAGUCGAUGUGAAUGUAUAUAAUUUAACUGUGUACAAAAAAGGCAGAUACACUAAUUUUCUGUAUGGCAAUGCUUAUAACAAUAGAGGGAUGGAGCAAUUCAAGACAUAUGGAACAAAGGCUGCUAAAAUGGGAAAAAGCAAGAGGUUACCUGUGCUAAUUACACUACUUUUUAAGGAUCUUGUUGCCAAACAACAGAAAAAGCUCCACCACGGUUGUGAUGACAUGGGAAACAUUUGUUGGCUGCAUAAAUUAUACCCAUAGGUAUUUAGUAUUGUAAAGAAAUAAAUCACAAGUUUUGCAGAGUUUGGACUGAAAUUAUUUAAAAUAGAUGGUAUAGAUUUUAAAUGAUAAAAUACUGGUUCUUGGUUCU